UGCACAGUUAGCAUCCAAAGCAAAACCAGCUCUACUCAGCAGCUCAGCAGCUCCGUUUCGUAACAGCACCAAGAUGAAAAUGUUCGUAGCCCUUUUCGCAGUGUUUGCAGUGGCCAGUGCCAUCGGCGAUUACCACCAUCAGCCGACCGGGGCACCGAUCAAGAUCGUGCACAGUGAAUCGUACCACGGACACGACGGAAGCUACAAGUUUGGGUACGAGUCGGCCAACGGUAUCGCCGCCCAGGAGCAGGGAUUCGUCAAGAACGGUGGCAGCAAGGACCAUGAGGUGCAGGUUGCCCACGGUUCCUUCUCGUACACCGACCCGCACGGUCAUCCAGUGUCCCUGAGCUACGUCGCCGACGAGCACGGUUUCCAGGCGAAGGGAUCGCACAUCCCAACGCCGCCCCCACUCCCGAAGGAGCUGGUCGACGCUUACGCCAAGGCCGCCAGCCAGCCCCAUCACGAGGAACCUCAGCCACACUACGCCCCGCAGCCGACCUACAAGCACUACUAAGUGCGUCCCAUCGGGCAGUUUUCUCCGACGGGCGGGUGUGUGACAUUUGCGGGUGCGCAAAUGGUGGGAGAGAGGGGAGGGGGGAAGUGAAACAGGUCCCCGCCACCCCCGGGCUAUGAACCUAUUGUGAUCCAUUACGCGGUGCGGUUUUCUUGGUGCUGCAGCAGGAGUUGCUGUGGGCAUCGAGUGAGCGCGUCUAGAGUACCUAAAUUGAAUUAAUAAACCUAAA